AUGCCGAAGCAUCAAGCCUCUGCACCUGCAGCCGAACGAAAGACAAAGAAAGAAAAAGAAACCAAGCUUUCGAGAGUACCUACGAGCUCAAAGGAAAAAGAACGUAAAAGAAAGAAGAAUACUUUGGAACAACAUUCCGAGCAACAAAAAGGUACAAUCAUCACAACCGAACCAAAAACGAAGAAGAAAAAAUUUCACGCCAAAGCAACCAAUGUUUCAUCUUCUUCAAGCUCGCACAUAACUGAUUCUGCAUCAGAUGAUUUACCAACGCGCACAAGAGCCAUGAUGAUGGAUGAAGUAGAAGAAACAUCAAUUGUUAGCCGUGAUCAUACAUCAAACAAAUACUAUACAACACUGCCAUCUUCAACAACUCCUCCCGAAAACUCUUUCGAUUUGACUGAUUACGAGAGUUGGAAUGCGCAACAAGUUACAUCAGUGCUGAUUUCUCGUAAAUCUUUGGGUGGUGAUGGUUUGUCGGUUGAAAAGCUGAAGCCUUUGUAUGAGGCUGGUUUUGAUGGCUCAUCUCUCCACAACAUUGUUGAGAAUAUCCAAGACAAGGACAAACAUUAUGCUCUUGAUCAAUUCAAGAACACUUUAAAAGACAGUGGUUUUCGAAUGACUUUUCAACUCUCCAACACUUGUCAAACUGUUGUUUCUUGGGCUAAUGAUAGAAUUGUUUUGCCUCGCCAAAAAUCACAGAACCUUCUGAAAGCAAUAGAACAAGGACAUUCAUCCUCCCAACAAAACUCUCUCGAUUUGACUGAUUACGAGAGUUGGAAUGCGCAACAAGUUACAUCAGUGCUGACUUCUCGUAAAUCUUUGGGUGGUGCUGGUUUGUCGUUUGAUGAUGUGAAGCCUUUGUGUGAUGCUGGUUUUAAAGGCUCAUCUCUCCACAACAUUGUUGAGAAUAUCAUGAAGAAGGAUGAAUAUUUUGCUCUUGAUCAACUUAAAAGUACUUAUAACAAGAAUAACGUUCCUCAACUCUCCGACACUUGUCAAAUUAUUGUUUCUUGGGCUAAUGAUAGAAUUGUUUUGCCUCGCCAAAAAUCACAGAACCUUCUUAAAGAAAUAGAACAAGCACGCCAUAAUAUGGAAACAAAUUUCGAACGUUUUUAUUCUAAAACACGGGGAGAAUUGGCGACCAUGUACCCAAAAAUGGUAUUGAAAGCUGAAAAUUUUGAUGAUUUUGAGCAAACAUUGCGCGCAAAGACUGAUAUUCCUUCUGUGAAAACUAAAUUUGGCUAUCCCAACUUUGGUGAACAAUAUAGGUCAGCUAAAUUGCCUUUAAUGACUAGCUCACUUGCCAAACAUGAGCUACCAUAUUUUACACAAUUCCAGUACACUAUGGCACAAGAUGAUGAGGUAUUGAAAAGACUAGCUCCUAAAACCAAACGCAGCACAUUAAUGUUUAUGGGACCAUCUGGUGCUGGCAAGACAUCAGCUUGCGUGCGUUUGUUAUGUCGUAAUCCUGGAAUGGUUUUAACAUGUACUUCAUCAUCAGAGGUAUCUAGUGGAUUGACCACUGAUUCGUUGAUGCGUCAAGCAUUUGGCUACUUAAAGGGACAAGAUAUUUUUGAACUUUUUGGCUCAGUAGAACAAGUAGUGCUAAUGGUAUUCAUAUGUAGAUUGAUUUAUAUUUCAAAGCUAAUUGAUGAAGCAAAACAAAAUCCAAAUGUAUUUAAAUACUUUGCUCAGAGAGAUAGGAAUGAAAAUAUUGUUAAAGGCGGAAUACUUCCCUAUCUUGCAUAUAUGCAAUCCAAUGGCAAAACCAGCGCAAGCCGUGAAGCUCUAACCUACGCAUUGAAAUUUGUUUAUUCUGAUCCCGAAAUAUUGAAGUCAUUUGUUGCAAUUUUGGUGAACAAGAUAAUUCAUUCACUUAAUGACAAUUCUGCUCUAUUUGGAAUAGUUAAGAAAAUUGAAUAUUUUAUAGUUGUUAUUGACGAAGCAAACGUUUAUGAAGGCAACAAUUCUGGCUCUAAUAACCUUUCAGAGUUAAUAAGUUUGAGUGGCGAGAAGAGAGGACUGUUAACCAAGUUUGCACAAUCCAUUGGUGUCAUAGAAAAUUUUCAUCUGUCCAUAUUUUCUGGAACUAAUUUUUAUGUUGAUGUAGGAAGUAUUAUACAAUCAGCUCUUGGUAAAACUGAAGCAAAGAUUGAUGUAGGGAGAAUAUAUGACUUUGGUUUGGUUGCAAGAGAUGAUAUCAUUUCAUUUUUAGAAAAACAUAUCAAAAUACCAAACAACGAGAGGCAAGAGAUUUUAUUCUAUUUACAUGAACGGGGCUACAAGUACUUUAGAAGAAGAUUAAUCACAUUGGCAUUAGAAAAUUUUUCUACACACAACAGCUUGAUAGAUGCUAUUAAAUUGUCCGUAGAUGAGUUUGUAUUGGGAGCAAAAAAGCGUGUAGAGCCUUAUCUUGAUACCUAUAACUCAACACAGGCUCCUCGAUUGGACACACAACAAGCAAUUCAAGAAGGAAUUCAACAAGCCAUUGUUAAAUAUGUUACUCAUUAUCAUUUUCCAUUUUUAGGUUCUGAGUUUAAGGUUCACAUAGAUGGUGUUGCUGACGCUUUAUUAUAUUCUGGAUUUUGUGGACCAGAAAGUUCUGAAAAUAAUCAAACCAGACCUAAUUUUGUAUUUUCUGCAAAGGAUUUUAUUGGAUAUGAAAUUGGACUAGAAAUUCUAAAGAAGAUACUUAAGAUUGAAGAUAAAUCAAAAUUGAUGAAACAGAUUAUUCAAGAAAGGAUCAAAUUGCUCUUGCAAUCUUCAGACCACAACAUCGAUUUGGAAUCCAUUGUUAUGCUUAGACUCGCAGAGUUAGAUGGUACACGGUUGUCAAAAAUUGGUUGUUUCAAACCACUAAUCACCAACAAUCCAAUUUUAAAAGGCCACAUAUUCAAGUGUAAACAUUGUUUAGAUGCAAAUGGAUAUGUAGAGUACUGUAUUUCCAAACAAGUUAUAGCACCAGAGAAUAAGAAGGAUAUGAAUGGAGAAGAAUUGUUCUGGACACACUUUUCCAAGAAGAAGUGGGAUUUAUUAGAUGGAGUUUUUAUAACUCCAUCUAAUGAACACCAUAACGAUUUGUUUGGUAUUAACAGAGUUAACGAUUCUACAGACAUGAUUAUUCCAAUAGGUUUCCAGUGUAAAGUUCAAUCUGGAGCUAAAUUUGACCCACAUUCAUAUUUUAGCUCCACUAUUCCUGAACUAUUUUAUCUCGAUAAUUAUGGAAAAUUGAAAUCUGACACCCUCUACAAUUUAAAUUGUAAUCAUGUUGAAGAAACCAAGAUUAAGGAUCAAAAACAAUAUCGUUUCGUUGUGAUGGAUAAAUCAAAAAAGAUAAUAGAUGAUGCGAAUGGUAAAGGCAUGAAAGUUAGUUCAAGUGCAAAAUGGUACAGUGGCAAAAGAAAUGAUAUUUUACAAGUAUUUAAAUCAUCAAAAAUGAUGCAAGUGUGUAUUGGAUUUCAUACAACUGAAACAUUCUCAAACAAGAUUGUAAAGAAAUACCAGCAAAACUAUUUGUGCUCCUUUAUUGACAUGAGCAAUUAUGACUUACUCUUCGAUAAAGAAUGGGAGACAUAUUUAAGGAGCUUUUUAACCACAGUGGCCGAACGAGUGAACAGCAACAAUAAGAAGAAUAAUUUGGAAAAGAAAUAA